AUGAGGGCGGCAGAUCGCUCCAAUCGAAAAGCUGGUGAGAACAAGAGUCUGAACAAUCCUGUUGCAGGUACAAAACCACAAACUUCACAGGAUGGCAGACUGGGCCAUUCUGACCCUAAUCCUGCAUCUACGUCAAGCAACGCCAUCGCAGGAGAAGGCUCAAGAGUCGGAUUUGACAGAUCUAAUGACCCGACGCGGCAAGCGGAUCCAGACAAGCCUGAAGAGCCUCAACCGCUCGAUGAGGCUGCCCUGAUUGAGGAGAGACGGAAACGCAGAGAAGCCAUCAAGAACAAGUACCGCAGUCAAGCCCGACCACUGCUGGUUCAAGCUCUCCACCUUGGCGCGGAUUCCGUCUCUGGAAGCCCUGGUCCGGAGAGCUAUACAACAACGCCACGCAGAUCUGAAUCUCCUACCGCUUCUUCCCCGCGAACACCCAGAGAUCCGUCUGCACCCCAGUCUCCAGCGGAAAUCAAGUUUGAAGGGGAAGCAGAUCUGGCUAAUGCCGAUACAGCGUCGCCGGCUGAAGAUGGACCAUCUGCUGCUGAUUAUGACCCCACAGUGGACAUGAACGAGGAACGAGCCCGACAUGAUAAGCGUCUCUUCAAGGAGGACGAGAGAUCGCUUGAGCAGUCGCAACAACAAGUGGCCGUAGAUGCUCACAGGUCCACGUCUCCGCCCUCCAAAUCCCCUGGUGAGUUGGACAUGUUCGCAGAAGCCGAGGACGAGGACGAUAUGUUUGCCGAAGCUCCCAUGAAGCCGGAAGCUGAGACCAAGACUGCACAAGCUCUUGAUGCCAGACUCAUGGACAAUUGGGAUGACCCGGAAGGAUACUACAUCACGAUCCUGGGUGAGCUGAUCGAGGACCGGUACCAUGUUACCCAGAAUCUUGGGAGAGGCAUGUUCUCAUCCGUUGUUCGAGCUACAGAUAGACGGACGGGAAAGUCUGUGGCGAUCAAGAUCGUCCGGAACAACGAGACCAUGCGCAAGGCGGGCCACAAAGAAAUCGACAUUCUCAAGGAUAUCGCGGCAAAUGAUCCGGAGGACAAGAAGCACCUCAUCCGUCUUCAACGCUCUUUUGAUCACAAAGGCCAUUUGUGCAUGGUGUUUGAAAACCUGUCCAUGAAUCUUAGAGAAGUCCUGAAGAAGUUCGGGAGAGACGUGGGCAUCAACAUUAAAGCGAUCCGGGCGUACUCCCAACAGCUCUUUCUGGGCCUGAGCUUGUUGAAGAAGUGCCAGUACAUCCAUGCUGAUCUGAAGCCAGACAACAUCCUCGUCAAUGAAGCAAGGAGCACGCUCAAGAUUUGUGAUCUGGGCUCUGCAUCUCCCAUUACCGAGAACGCCACGGCCCCAUACCUGGUAUCUCGCUUUUACCGAGCCCCUGAAGUCAUUCUCGGUAUCCCAUAUGACUACGGAAUUGAUAUGUGGUCCAUCGGAUGCACGCUCUUCGAACUCUACACGGGAAAGAUACUGUUCACGGGGCGAAACAACAACGGCAUGUUGCGUGCGAUCAUGGAGUGCCGUGGUAAAUUUCCCCACAAACUCCUGAGACGAGGUUCCUUGACCUAUGAGUACUUCGAUGACUUGCUCAAUUUCCGAGCCCAAGAGACGGACAAGGUCACGGGUCGGAUGGUCGUGAAGAUGGUCGAUAUCAAAGCGAAACCGGUCAGAGAUUUGAGGUCGCGGCUGCUGCCCAAGGACAAGAAGGUAAACGAACAGGAGCGAAGAGAGCUUGAUCUGUUUGUGGACCUUCUGGACAAGUGUUUGGACUUGCGCCCGGAAAAGCGCAUCACGCCCAAUGAUGCGCUCAAACAUCCUUUCAUAACUAGACCAAAGCCAUAG